AUGUGUGAAAGUGAACGUCUUAGCCUCGAGUUGGCGUGGGCAGACUGGCUGUCAGCGGGAGGAGAAAGUCAUUGGAACCCGGUGGACCAGGAGAGGAAGCAAGAGGGUGCAAUCGCUCGCGGCGAAUUAGGCAAAGACGAGCCGACGAAGAAUAUGCCUCUUCCGAGGAAGGUCAAGCAACUGAAGUGUGUCGGAGAGAGGAAUUGCUUAGUCCCAGAUAGAGAGCAUGUUUCCAGUUCGUCCUCGACGAAGUCCUUCCAACUGCCCGAUGCUCCAGGAACCACGAGACCAGCGGAUGUGCACAUGCAGGUUAUGCAGCCACCCAAUGGAUAA